AUGUGUCUUUCUGAUUUCUUUCUGAGUAAAUGUGAGGUAAUGAUGCCUGCUUAUCAGACUGUGGCGCACUUGCGAUGGUAUCCACGCCGCGGGAAGCCCGAAUCCGUUUCUGAGGGUGUUUCCAAGCAGCCAGAGCGUGACGCGGUGUUCCCGCCCCUCCUCCGGUAUGCACUCCACUCAGAAACGAGUGUCCCUGAGAGCUGGCAGAACGAGGCGCUCUCCGGUUUCUACCGACGCAGCGACGUUCUUACCAGAUUGAUGAUGGACGCAACUUCGACUCCACAGAUCAUGGUGAGCAGGCUCAAUAAGCUGCAGGAAGUAGCCUGUGAGGAAAGUGCAGAUUUGCCUGCAGAUGAUCAUCUAUUGACUCUAAAAGCUUUGACGGAGAAGUUAAGACUGCAGACCAGACGACCGUCUUACCUGGAGUGGAAAGCCCAGCUGGAGGCAGAAAGCUUCAAAGAGUCAGGGACUGGAAAAUACCAGUUCCAGGAGGAGGCUAAAGGGGACCCAGUGACACACACUGCAGAGGAGAAUGAGGGCAAGCUGCUAUCGGGUGUGCUGAAGGGGUUUGAAAGCAUCGAUGAAGCUCUGUCUUGGCUCAGAAGAGAGCUGCAACCAGAAGAAUCCUGCAUGUUGGACAGUGUGAUGGACGGGGAAUCGGACAACAGAGUGACACAGGGUUUCUGCAAGUACGGAUAUGCGUUUGCAGGACCAGCAGCUAGCGAGGCAGCUCAUACGACUCCGGAAUGACAUCAAUUUGCUCAAAAUCGAGCAGAUGUGCCACGAGCAUCGCAGCAUGCUCAACGACGCCACCUUUGGCCUGGAGGAGAAGGACGAGCUGUCGGACCUGCUGUGUGAGUGCCCUGUCACCCCAGGACUCGGACUCUCGGCACCACUGAGGCUCAUCGGUGUCACUAAGAUGAAUAUUAACUCCCGACGAUUCUCACUCUGCUAAAUAGUGCUUGGGCAAAGAAAAGCGGCAAUCUUAUUCACUGAAUAGCUAAUUUUGGACUUGUUUUAAUCAAAUAUUUGCCUAAAGAAAUUUUACUUUUACAUCCAUAUUAUACCUUUUUUCUAUUUCUAUUGCACACAGCUGUUGUAUACACAGCAACCUUUCUGUCUCAAAGCCACAGCAAGUUUUUAGAGCUUCACGCUGUUGUGAUUUAAAAAUGAUUACUUGCAUAUUGAAGCAAUUUCUAAUAUAUUUCUGUCUACAUUUUAGGCCUUAUCAGUUUGAUGUUACUGUUGACUUAAAGUGAUGUGAAGUGUGACUCUUUUGAACUUUUUUUUCUGACCAGAUUGUUCAUCUGAGUCUGAGCAGGAUCAAAGUGAAUAAAAAAAACUGCCAUAAAAGCGUUACACACCUAACAGGAAGUGCUACCACUAACCGCUAACCAUGGGAUUCUAUGAAAAUAAGUCAAAUAUAUUUUGAUGGAAACAUUCAUAAAACAUCAUGGGGAUGAACUACUGUGACAUUUUUGAGAAUCGUGUUGUUUUGCCUGGCUCAGACUAGCCGUUAGCUUAUCAAUCUGGUCGAAUAAAACUCUGUUUCUCUAAGGAACUCGCUCAGAAAGAUCUGAACUGUCCCUGUGGGCCCAUUCUCAAUACUCGCACUGCGCCCUGCAGUCUUCAGCAAAGUGCACUUGGAUAAAGUGUGCCGUAGGGUUCAAGUGCGUGGUGAACACGUGUGCAAAUAAUUACCGAAUUGAGACAGGGAGCAUUGCGUCAUCGAUCGUAACGCAUGCUGCGAUGCUGGUCACUGUGAAACUUUUCAAAAACCUUUAUUAUCAACUUUCAGGCAACCAAUAAAGCAAUUAUUUGAACUAAA